GAACGCCGGCCACUUCGGACCCAAGAAAGCCUCGCCGAAACCCCUUGCUACUCCUCCUCCUCCGCCGCCGCCUCUCGAUCGCCGACGCUAUGGAUCCGCCUGCCCCUUCCUCCCGGAGCUGGAGCAUCCACGGCCGGUCGGAGAUCAUCCAGCGGUACGAGAUCCUCGAACGCAUCGGCUCCGGCGCGUACGCCGACGUCUACCGCGGCCUCCGGCGGUCAGACGGCGUCGUGGUGGCCCUCAAGGAGAUCCACGACUACCAGAGCUCGUUCCGGGAGAUCGAUGCCCUCCGGACCCUUCGGGACUCUGCCAACGUCGUCAACCUCCUCGAGUACUUCUGGCAGGAGGACGAGGACGCCGUGCUCGUCCUGGAGUUCCUCCCCACCGACCUCGCCUCCGUCAUCCGCGACGCCAAGAGGGGCAGCGGCCUCGCGGUCGGCGAGGUCAAGCAGUGGAUGCUCCAGAUCCUAAGGGGGGUCGACGCGUGCCACCGGAACUCGGUGGUCCACCGUGAUCUCAAACCGUCCAAUCUGCUCAUCUCCGCCGAUGGGGUUCUCAAGGUGGCGGAUUUCGGCCAGUCAAGGAUACUUCACGAAACAAGAUUUAUCUCCAGAGACAACAGUCCACAUGAACCGGGUUCCGAGAAUGAGGCAUGGAUACCACAGCAGCCUGCAAUACUGGAGGAGGGAAACCGGCCAUGGCCGGAUGGACCUGAAAAUCCAGCUUCUCUACAGCCCGGACCUAUCAACGAAGAUGAGUAUCUGCGGGAGUUGGAGGGCCUCAAGGCAGAAUAUGCAAUGGAGGACACCGAUAAGGAGAUGAGCCAGCAAGAUUGUGAUGCAUCUUGUCUUGCCACAUCUAGUACAGGUGAUGUGGAAGAUGAUCCCUUCAAAAGCUCCUACACUUAUGAGGUAGAAGAGGUUAAAGAAGACGAUGAAUCCGGCGCCCUCACCUCAUGUGUCGGGACACGGUGGUUCAGAGCCCCAGAACUACUCUAUGGAUCCACAAGUUAUGGACUCGAGAUUGACCUCUGGUCGCUAGGCUGCAUUUUUGCUGAACUUCUUAGUUUAGCACCACUCUUUCCAGGGACAUCAGAUAUCAAUCAGCUUGGUAAAAUUAUUAGCAUUUUGGGAGACUUGACUGAAGAAACAUGGCCAGGUUGCUCUAAGUUACCUGAUUACAAUAAGAUCUUCUUUAAUAAAGUUGAAAACCCAAUUGGUCUGGAAGCAUGCCUUCAAAAUCGAUCAGCCGCCGAAGUUAAUCUCGUGAGGAGGCUUCUUUGCUACAACCCAUCUGGUAGAGCUUCUGCAAUGGUGCUGCUCCAAGACAGAUACUUUGCCGAAGAGCCUCUGCCUGUUCCUAUAAACGAGUUGAGAGUUCCUUCCACAGAGGAUGGGCAUGACGACAGCUCUCCAGAAGAAUGGGCUGAUUACAGGGAUUUGGGUUCAGAUUCCGAUAUUGAUGAGUUCGGCAGCAUGGAUGUGACAACCACUGAAAAAGGUUUCUCUAUACGUUUCUCAUGAUGAAGGUAAUGUGUGUUGGUUAUUUUUGUGUUUUCGCAUUGUGCUGACAGGAUAGGCAUGCGAAAAAUUUCAUAAACUUGAUCCCAAAUAUGUAUAUGAGAAGGAUGAUGAGCUACCGAUUCUGAGAAAAAUAAUAGCAAUUUCCUUCAGUGAUGAUUAAAAAAAUGAGGGGAGUUCACAACAAUAAAAACAAAUGUUGUAAAUGGUUGCUUCA